ACCUUUGUCAAGACCCUGGCUCUCUGAGAGACCAGAGCAGUCAUCCUACAGAAGGCCCGUGCUCUGGAGUCGUCUGCUUGCUUCCUGGUGGGUGCUUUGGCUUGUUCGUCUGUUCGUUGUACUUCCUGUGAGCCAAAAGUCAGAUGGAGGGCCAGGUCUGUGUUGGCCGGGUUCCAUGUCGGAGGUGGUGCGUACCUCAUUUUCCACCAUGCCAGAACCCCUGAUAGCUGGUUUCAUUUCCAGAACCCCUGGGUUGAAGGGAAGAACGCUCUGUACCCUCUUCGUAUGGUUACCUUACCCGACCCCCUAGCGACCAGAAAGCCACCUGUAGGGAGUUACUGUGGUGGCUCACUGAACUCAGGCCCUGUCAGUGUCCUUUUAGUGACUUUGACACCAGUGAUUGUGCCUGCCGGCGGUUCUUAUUAGUGGUUGUAAAAUGUCAAUUUUCUAGUUCUCUUGUUCCUUCCUCACUUAUCAGCUGACAUUCCCCUGUCGAGUAGCACUUCUCUCAUCACUGUGGGCUGUUUGGUUACCCUGAAAGAGUUGCAUCUGGAAAGGCAGGACACAUGCUUGUGUGUUGGCCUGAAAUGACCAAGCAAGGUGGUGGGUUCAGAGCUGCCCGCGGGUGACAGGUGAGUAUUUUCAGGCUUUAACUCUUCCGGUGUUAUUAUGAACUCAUUAGUUUUGGCCUUUUCUUUUGAUUUUACUUUCCAGCCUGCCAAGGGCUUUUUUCCCCAGGUGAAAAGCCCAGGCUGGGAGAAGCUGCUCUAGUUACCAAGGGCUGUGCUCCUGGGGUCUGGACCCUGUGGCCAGAUCCCACCACCGUUUUGGGAGUCUGUGCUCUCCGACCGUGGGAAGGCCCAGGCCUCUGUCCUGCAGAGGCCAGACAGCAUCAGGGUGUCCUCCGGGUUGGCUUCUAGUAACUGUUGCUCAGUGUCUUGGCAGCCGUUACCCUGGGGGCCCUGCGUCCACCCCACCAGGUUUCAUCCUCCCUCAAGAUGCCAGGAGCUCCCCAGGGCAGAGGGUCUCGACUUGAGGCCUCUGUGUCCUUCGCAUGCCCAUUCUGGGUUUCAGAGGCCUGAGGGGGUGUGAGUGAGACGUGCCCCCAGCCUUCCUGCUUGCCACUGAGGGGGCAGGGUCCGGGUGGCACUGGCCCCUUGCCACUGCAUCUCAGACUUCCUGUUCCAGGUGCCCUGCUGACUAGGAUGGGGGUAGGAGGCCAGGGCUGGGUUUCUUUCCCUCCUGGCGCUGCCCACUGCUUUGCUGGCCUCUGGGCCCCAGUGUCCAUCACUGUGGUCUUGCUGUGCUCUAGGUGUGGUGCACCACAUCCCGUAGCAUCUCCUUGAACCCCCAUGCGGCCCUGUGAGGUAGGGACCGGGUGGAUGGCCAGUCUACAUCUGAGGACUCUGAAGUCAGAGGAUGAAGUUUCUUGCCCACGGUGCCCCAGCAGAGGCAGGAUCCAAGGCAGGGUCUCUCUAACUCCCGGCCAGGUCACAGCCCCAUUCCCACAGGGAACUCUGAUGCAAGUGUUCGCAUCCAGAUCCUUCCUGGCUCACCUCUCUGUUCCUUGGCAGCACAUUCUUCCACAUCUGGCUCCAUCUCAGACUGUAAGGUCGAUACCUCCUUGCACAUCUCCUUACCCCUCCCUGGGCCUUGAGGCCUCCAAGGAACAGAGGGGCCUUCUGCUGCCUGAACCCCCCAGGCGUGGCCAGAGGCGCCUUUUCCAGCUAUUCUCUUCACACCCAUCCAAAUUACCAAGCCAAGUCGGGGAGACCUCUCUGCUGCCUGCACCGUCCACCUUCUUGAGUCUGAUGACCUCCACAGCCAGCGAAGCUGCGUCCUAUGAGUUCACAACCCUGACAUGUAUCCCUGGGGUCAUUGAAUACAAAGGAGCCAACAUCCAGCUCCUGGACCUUCCUGGAAUCAUUGAAGGCGCAGCACAAGGGAAAGGCCGUGGCCGGCAGGUGAUUGCUGUGGCACGCACAGCUGACGUUGUCAUCAUGAUGCUGGACGCCACCAAGGGAGAGGUGCAGAGGUCUCUGCUGGAGAAGGAGCUGGAGUCGGUUGGCAUCCGCCUCAACAAGCACAAGCCCAACAUCUACUUCAAGCCCAGGAAAGGUGGCGGCGUCUCCUUUAAUUCGACAGUCACGCUGACCCAGUGCUCGGAAAAGCUGGUGCAACUGAUCCUGCAUGAAUACAAGAUCUUUAACGCGGAAGUGCUCUUCCGAGAAGACUGCUCCCCAGAUGAGUUCAUUGAUGUCAUCGUGGGCAACCGCGUGUACAUGCCCUGCUUGUAUGUUUAUAACAAAAUCGACCAGAUCUCAAUGGAAGAAGUGGACCGCCUGGCCCGGAAACCCAACAGUGUGGUCAUCAGCUGUGGCAUGAAGCUGAACCUCGACUACUUGCUGGAGAUGCUUUGGGAGUACUUGGCCCUGACCUGCAUCUACACCAAGAAGAGAGGACAGAGGCCAGACUUCACGGACGCCAUCAUCCUCCGGAAAGGGGCCUCCGUGGAGCAUGUGUGCCACCGCAUCCACCGGUCGCUGGCCAGCCAGUUCAAGUAUGCCCUGGUGUGGGGUACCAGCACCAAGUACAGCCCACAGAGGGUGGGCCUGACCCACACCAUGGAGCACGAGGAUGUCAUCCAGAUCGUCAAGAAGUAGUGGCUCCUGCCAGGCCUCCCCCACCCCCACCCCAUCUCCCUGGGGAGUCGGACCCAGUGGGACACACCAAAGCCCAAACAGGAAAAAUACAAAUACAACUCAGGAGGGGUCUCUUAAGUCUCUGCUGUUUCCAGAAGUUUCCUCAGUAGGCAGAUGAUGACGAAUGUGCUGUGGCAAAGGGAUGGCUGAGGUUGGGGGACUUGGCUAGGGGGCAUUUCCCAUGAGACUGGUCCCUCAGUUCUGAGUUUGGAACCCUGGGCCUGUGCCCCACCCCUGGCCCCUUCAGGCACUAAGGGAGCAAGUUGUCCACCUGGCCCCGGUCAGGGCCUAAAGCAGAUGGCUUGCUUUGGUGCUGGGCAGGGGGCCUGGCCUACCUGCGUCCCUGGAGGCAGUAGUUAUUGUUGGGGCCCCUCAGCCCCUGCCAGCUUCUCUGGCACUCAGGGAGGGGGCUCCCAGGAUACAACUCCCUCACACUCCCCUACUCAGAGCUGCCCCAAGGUGGAAAUGAGAGGUCAGUGGCUUUAAAGGCCCAACUCACGCCCUCCAUAGCCUGAGGGAUCCUGAAGUACCGCCCCCUCCCAGGGCAGCCCCUGAUCAGCACAGAACCCCAGGAGCUGGGCCCUGCACAGACACCUGGGGUGGGGACUUUGGAGUUUGGGUUCUGUGUUUUCUCUCAGGCCCCUGACAUCUCAGAUCUCCUUUCUGAAAUAAAGGAUGAAAACAG